AUAUUAUAAUCCUUGAUACUGGUUCCACGACUUCACCUGACCUACCAACAGACAACGAUGAAGAACCUUGUGCUAAUUUUAAUGCUAAGUGUCGGAUGGAGUUUGUCUGUAAAUCCUGGAAUAAGACUUCGUUUAACUGAUAAAGGCCUUGCAUACGUGGCUAAAAUAGCUGUCGAAGUCCUCAAUGAAAAACUGAAGGCCAUUAAAAUACCAGACAUUAAUGGCGACGCUGGUACACCACUUGGACAUAUCAGCUAUUCAUUAUCAAGUAUCAAUAUCGGCAGCCUUUCUAUCCCAACCUACUCCCUAAAGACAAAGACAAAUGUUGGAUUGGACUUAUCUGUGUCUGGAGUAUCUAUAUCUAUGAAUGGGCACUGGCAUUACAGGGAAGAUCACUGGCCUCAUAUCAGCGACAGUGGAAGCUUUUCUCUCUCUGCAAGUGGAAUCUCCUUUGAUGUCCAGAUUAAACUUGGAGCGGAUUCUCAAGGACAUCCAACCAUUGCUUCAGCAGGCUGUUCCUCUAGUGUUGGAGGCGUCAGUAUUCAUUUCUCUGGAGGAGCAAGCUGGCUGUACAAUCUGUUUGAUAGCAAAAUUGCUAGUUCSGUGAAAAGCUCUCUUAACUCAGAGCUUUGCAAAGCUGCAACGUCUGCGAUCAAUGAUCAAGGAGCAAAGGCCGUGGAAAAAUUUCCAGUCAMAAAACAGCUCGAUAAAUACUCCUUGAUAAACUACGCACUGGUGGAGAGCCCUGUCAUCACACAAACUUACGUUGACAUUCUACUCAAGGGAGAGUUUCAGUCUAUUGCGCAACCCAGUGAAGCACCAUUCUCACCAGAACCAUUUCCAGGCAGUAGCAAUUCCACUUCAAUGUUAUAUGGAUGGAUCUCAGAUUAUGUUUUUAACUCAGCGAGCUUUGUUUACAUGAAAGCUGGAUUCAUGAACAGGACGAUAAAACCUGAUGAUGUUCCAAAGAGCUUUAAAUACCCAUUAAACACCAACACGUUCAAGCUUCUGGUUCCACUGCUGUACGAAAAAUAUCCCAGUCGUCCAAUGCAGCUUAAAGUCUAUCCAACCAAAGURCCCGUAUUGAGCUCCAAACCUUCAGGCGUUGGUUUGUCGAUUAUUGGAAAUGUUGAGAUGUACGUUGAGCUAGAGAAUGGAUCAGUAGUGUUUGCUUUCUCUCUUGCCUUGAAUGUUACAGGCUCCGUUAAAGUUGCAAUCACUGGUACAAACAUUACUGCGCAUGCAACAUUUGUAAAGCUGCACGCUAGUCUUGUUCGGUCCGCCAUUGGUAAUAUUUCAGCUAACAUUAAAGUUCUGCAAGUAUUUCUUGAUCUUUUUGUUGACAAUCUCAUCAUCAAAACGCUCAAUGAGUACGGCGAUAAAGGCUUCCCUUUGCCGGUUAUUGACGGAAUUACUCUAGUGAGCCCCAAAGUCUUUAGUGGAGAGGCUUUCACGGUCGUGUCAUCAGAUGUCAGCUACAAACCAACACAGCUUGAGCAAGCUGAAGAAGUCAAUGAUGUUAUGCCGCUUAUCAAGCUCGUCCCCGCCUCCAAACAAAUUCUUAUUCUUUAAUUGUUCCUUGCAUCGUUAGAUGAAAGGGCACUG